AAAUGCUAUACUUUUUCUUUCCUCUAUAAAAUAUCUCAUAUUUUUGCUCUAAGUUUUCUUGUUUCCUCUUUCUAGGGCUUCAAGUUUUGUUUUCAAUUUGUGAAGUAUUAAACUUUCUAUUGUUUUCACAAAUAUGGUUCCAUUAGGGUACUGACCCAGAAAAGAAGGAUCAUCCUAAGGUACCAAAGUGAAAGAAAGAGGAAAAUAUUGUUCAAAAAUAGAAACAAAAAUUAUAGAAAAAAUUGUUGAAACAAAAGAUGGGAAGAGGAAGAGUUGAGUUGAAGAGGAUAGAAAACAAGAUAAACAGACAAGUAACAUUUGCAAAGAGAAGAAAUGGUCUUCUUAAAAAAGCUUAUGAACUUUCUGUUCUCUGUGAUGCUGAGGUUGCUCUUAUCAUCUUCUCUACUCGUGGAAAACUCUAUGAGUUUUGCAGCACUUCUAACAUGCUCAAAACUCUUGAUAGGUACCAGAAAUGCAGUUAUGGAGCUGUAGAGGUUAGCAAACCUGCGAAAGAACUCGAGAGUAGCUACCGGGAAUACUUGAAGCUGAAGCAACGAUUUGAGAAUCUUCAACGAACACAGAGAAAUCUUUUAGGGGAAGAUUUAGGUCCAUUGAGUUCUAAAGAUCUUGAGCAGCUUGAAAGGCAAUUGGAUUCAUCUCUGAAGCAUGUUAGGUCAACAAAGACACAAUUCAUGCUGGAUCAAUUAGCUGAUCUUCAAAAUAAGGAACAUAUGUUGGUAGAAGCAAACAGAUCCUUGUCAAUGAAGUUGGACGAAAUAAACUCGCGAAAUCAGUACAGGCAAUCAUGGGAAGCAGGCGAUCAAAGCAUGCAAUACGGCGACCAACAGAAUGCGCACUCUCAGAGCUUCUUCCAGCAACUAGAUUGCAAUCCAACCUUGCAAAUCGGUUCGGAUUAUAGGUACAACAAUGUAGCAUCAGAUCAGAUAGCUUCCACAAGUCAAGCUCAACAACAAGUGAAUGGAUUUGUUCCUGGAUGGAUGCUUUGAAUUAAGCAAUUAAAAGUGCUUUUUUUGAUGCUGGAAAAGCAAUGUGUAAAUGAUGAUGAUUAUGAUGAUGAUGAUGCUACUUUGCUUCUUUUGUUUUUUUGUUUUGAGGUAUAAAAACAGCUAUAUGACUUACUUGAAGCUGCUGCUAAACCUUUAGCCAUAGACAUAUAUGGCAUUCAAGAAAUUUAUAAUAUUCAGUAUCUUUGAUUCAA